CUUGCAUAGUUUGGUCUCUGAUUCUAUUGAUAUUAUGACUGUCAAAACAAUGGAUCUUCAACAAAUUAACAAAUAUUUUACAGAAUUUCCCGAUGAAAGUGUAAUAUUCGAUGUCUUUUGAAAUGGAAGACUGGUUGAAUGUGUGCCGAUGUUGUCUUACACCAGACGCAGCAGUGUCAAUUCUAGACAGCACUGAAAAUAUUAAAGCCAAGUUUCUUGAAGCCACUGCUAUAGAGGUCAGUCCUUAUGACAAAUUACCACAAAGGCUUUGCAAUGAUUGUAUGGCUGUACUAAACACAGCCCAUGAUUUUCGCACUCAAUGCCAAAAAAUGGACAAAGAACUUAGAGCACAACUUAUCUCUAAUCACCCUCAGGUAAAGGUUGAAUAUGUGCCACCAAAUGAGAAAGAGGUUAGUGAAGAUGUUACAGAGGAAUGUAUGAAGAAAUUGCAAUCUAUUAUUAAGUCGGAACCUAUGGAUGAUGACGAUUGCUAUUAUGUUUUAGUAAUUGAUGAUAAGGAUGAUUCUAAUAAAACAACAUACAAGCCACAAACAAUUAAAAUGGAAGUUGUGGACACUGACAAUAAUGAUAAAGAAUUAGAGGACAAUACUGCUCACCAAGAAACAAUUCAAGAUUUUGGAGAUACAAUUGAUUUAGAGAACACCAUUAACUCUUUUCUUCUUUCUAACAAUAAAGUACCAACUAGUGUUCCAGCUACUAUAUUAGAAAAUGAAGAAGGGCAUGAGACAGAAGUUGUCUUAAACAAUAAUAUUGAAAAUUGUAAUAUUAUAGCGGACAAUACCUACAGUAAAUCCCCCAAAGUCACUAUUGCUGAUGGUAUAAAAGAAUUUAAUCCAAAGAACUUGAUCAAAAUUGUUACUCCAUAUGGAGUUGAAAAAACAAUUUUAUUAGAAAAUGAGGAUACCAACUAUAAUGCUGAAAAUCAAGAGGAGUCAUAUAAUAAUGAUGAAGAAGUAUCACAAGAAGAAAUAAUACUGUGUGAAGGUGAUGAUACUUCACAAUUUCAAAUACUAAAGGUAGAUGGGUCUGAAUUUGUAAUUGAAUAUGCAGAUGAGGGACAAAUAACAACAGUCCUUCAACAGGAAGAUGGCACCUUCCUCUGUGACUGUGGUGAACAAUUUGAUGAUAUACAACAAUUUCAAAAACAUCAGUACAAACAUAAUCCAGCUGGUGAACAUCUAUGUAACUUGUGUGGCAAAGGAUUUGAAUCAGCUGAAAUUUUAACAGGGCAUACUUUACUUCAUAGAUCUAGUGGACCUUUAGUAGCUUGUCCAUUCUGCAGUCAACUCAUAAGACGCAAUGCUUUAACGCAGCACAUUAAGUAUACACAUAAUUCAAAACCUCAAUGCAGUGUAUGCAAUAAAACAUUUGCUAAUCAAAAUAAUUUAAAACGUCACAUGAUGAUUCACAGUGGCAUAAAGGAAUUUGAAUGUGAUAUUUGCUUUAAAAGAUUUAACCAAAAGAUAACUAUGCAGACACAUCGGCUAACCCACAUAAAUUCUACCACGUGUUACCUAUGCGACACUAUAUUUGAAGAUCGGGCAGCAUUGGCCCAUCAUAAAGAGGCAAACGAAUGCCCAAAGUCUAAAGUAAAAAAUGUAAGGGAUGAGUUGAUAAAAACUGUUCGUCAGACAGUAACUACAAACCUUGGUAAGGUUCUAGGCUAUGCAUGUUCAUUAUGCAAAAAAAUGUUUUCUCUUGAAUCAGCUUUAGACCAACACAUUGAAAGCACUCACAUAGUUGAUGAAAUAGACAUCAAAAAAGAAGAUAAGCAAAUGAAACGUUUUGAGUGCUCAAUGUGUGGAAAACGUUGUGCAAGUCAAGCAAUGCUCAUAAUGCAUGAACGGGUACACACAAAUGAAAGACCAUUCCCCUGCCAGCUAUGUACUUUGAGGUUCAAAACUAAAACACAUCUAAGGACCCAUCAAUUGACACAUACACGCGAAAAGAAAUUUGGCUGUUCAGUUUGUAUGAAGUUCUUUGCCCUUAAAGGGAACUUGGUAGUACAUUUGCGAACACAUACCGGUGAAAGGCCCUAUGUAUGUUCAUUGUGUAAUGAAGCCUUUAUAGACUCAAAGUAUUUGAAGAAGCAUAAAUUACGAAAGCACUCUAUCGAAAAUGCAGUAUGGAAUGAAUAUUAGAGGUAUUGUUAAAAUAUGUACAUUCUCAUAUAACAUAUCAGGAUAUGCAUAAACUUUUAGUUAUUAGUCUAGUUAGUCUAGUCUAGUAACAAUUUAACAUAGUGUUGUUGGUAUUUUACUAUAUAUUGACGACCUACGAUUUACAAAUAGAUUUGUAAUAAAAUGUGAUGGAAAAAGGGGCAGUCAAGUAUUUAAAUUUUGUUUACAUAUUUUGUUAUGUAAUAGAUCUUUUAACUUGAAUACUUAGAAUAUAUUGUAUAAGUUUCCUUGCCAUAUUCUAAUAUUGCUCAAACUAUUUAUACAUAACAUAAAAAUGUUUGUAAAUGUCUUGUAUCCGUUGUUUAAAUUAUGAUGUAUAUUUAUAGUGUUCAACCCCAGAGGCAUCUGAAUAUACUAUAUUACUUCAAUGUACUAUGUCAAAUAAUAUAGUAAAAUUAAUCUAAUAAACUGGUCCAUUUCUUAAAUAAGCAUAAAUGCAUUUUAAACAAGAUACUUGAAAAUCUCCAAUUAGAUAACGAUAUGUGACCACAAAUGAACAAAUAGAUGCAUGGCAACGCCCUAAUUUGUUUGUUUCUUAUUAUGUCUUAGAUUAACUCACAUUAUAAUUGAAAGAAAACAAUUUUUUAACCGGAUGAACGCUAUUUGUAUUAUUAUAAACUUAUAAUUUUUUUACAUAUUUCACAUUAUAAUUUUGACUUGUUUUUUAAGUAUGUUGCUAUUUCAAAUUGUUCUAAUUAUAUAUAGUCUCUGUAAUUA